AGUCGUCUGCAUUAGCAAACCCUAAUUUAUAGAGCGAGUUUUAGUUUUAGUUAUAGUGUUGAUUUUGAGAAGCAACAGAAACAGAAACAAUGCACUCUUUUGCGCAGAGAGCCAAUGUUUUGCUAACGUUCGCUAUCACCCUCCUCGCGCUAAUGUGCGCCAUAGCCUCCGUCUCCGACAACUUCAAUUCUCUGUCUCCGAACGCCCAAGUCCAAGUCGUGAAUAUCAAUUGGUUUCAGAAGAAAUCUGCUGGCGAUGAUGAGGUUAGCCUGUCACUGAAUAUAUCAGCAAAUUUAGAGUCAUUGUUCACGUGGAACACAAAGCAGGUGUUUGUAUUUCUUGCUGCGGAGUAUGGAACCCCCAAAAAUGCACUUAACCAGAUCUCCCUAUGGGAUGGUAUAAUACCUUCCAGAGAGAAUGCAAAGUUUUGGAUCCAUACAUCUAACAAAUAUCGGUUCGUUGAUCAAGGGAGCAAUCUGCGGGGCAAAGAGUUUAACUUAACAUUGCAUUGGCAUGUGAUGCCGAAGACGGGCAAAAUGUUUGCUGACAAAAUAGUGAUGAGCGGUUAUCGGUUGCCACAAGCAUAUAGGUAGGCAAGUAAUGGCGCAUCUGCAGCUUGGCUUACUAGCUCGAUAGAUGAUUGCGUCUAUUUUAGAUUUGGAAGAAAAACCAAAGAGAUAUGCUGUUGUUUUACCAAAAAAAAUAUAUAAAAAUAUUAUGUAUGCUACAUAAUUAGACACUUAUUCUUAGUUUGCAAGGUUAUAGUUCAACAUUA